UUAGGGACUUCGAGCCCUCAAGCUGCAUCUUCAUCUUCAAACGACGAGAACCCGAUGGGGUCCGCAGCUGCCACGUUUGUGAAUCAUCUUCUUCUAGUAUCUGAGGCUCCUGAAGACGACUUUGAGAUGCUUAAGAAUGCAGUAGAGGCAAUCAAUGAAGAUCUUUUUCACAUGGAAUUGCCGCCGAAUGAACGGGGAGAACCCAUGAACCCGAUCGAACGCCUGCAGCUAGCUGAGCAGGCGACGCGGGUCUUCAAUGAGAUCCUGGCUGAUACUAGGAGGCAGGAUUCCAGAGAAGGGGGGCAAGGAUCUUCAACAGGUAAGCAGCCAGGCUAUGAAAUCGAAGUAAGACUUGCUCCAGCUCCCAAAAGUGCAGAUCGAGAAGAUGCUAAACUUGGAGGCCAAAGACUGCAACUUCAUCUUCUUGCGGGAUCACACAUCGCCAGGAAUACGAAACAACAUCGGCCGAGUACCUUGCAAAGACCACUACGACCACCAGAACACGUUGUCGAGAUGAGGGAUGGCGAACAAGAAAGAAGUGCUGAUGCUACAAGGACGGAUUCUGGCGGAGGAGACACAACAACAGGAGAUAAGGAAUCCCAAUCAGGAGGAGCAGUGGAUCCCUCGUCAGGAUCAGAGUCGUGUCCGGCGAACACGGUUCCCAAACCUCCGCUGCCCUCUGCAGCUGAAGAUGGAAGUUUUCUACCUCACAUACUAACGUACGAGGAUCAAGUGGUCCCCAGACACGAUAUCGGACAGAUUUGGGACAACGUUCUGGGAGAGAAUGUUCAGUCUGCGCAUGAUGCAAUCAAUGCUGCUACGGCUGCAGGCAGUCAAACGCAAGGAAAGACUGGAGAGGAGGAGAAAAACGGUGCUGCGAAUCACGACCCCGCAUCGUCUGGCACACCUGGAGGGAGUCGCGGCCCCAACGUGAAAAAUGAUCAGGAGGCUCCUGAGGACCCAAGCACCCUCUUCGCUGACGAGCGUGAAAGAGUUGAGGUUUUGAAGAUUCAUCAUAUGCCCACGGACGACUAUGAAGUAACGACACCCGCCGAGAGGCAAGUUCUGCCCGUUUUCGUUGUCUG